UUUUAUACUAGUUACUUAGCAACUUUCAAGGGACCACUAUCACAAAAACGAUAAUUUUAGUCAAUCCAAUAACACAUAUUUCGUGUGAUGGAUUAAAUGAGUAUCUUGCGCACGAUUAUUCGUAAAUAUUCAAAAAUGGCCGAUCCAGCGAGAGUUGUUAAGUUUUACGAUAUGCUUAAGUACAUUCAUGAGCCUACAAAAGUGAUAAUCGAUGUACGUAAUCCAGAUGAAUUUAAAGAUGGGAACAUUCCGACCAGUAGAAAUAUACCAGUGGGAGUUAUACGUGAGGCUCUUUCAAUGACAGAGGAAGUCUUCAAGAAAACUUACCUGAGCGAGAAACCUUUAGAAUCAGCGGAGAUAAUAUUCUACUGUAAAUCAGGAAAACGAGCGACUAUGGCUGUGGAGCAUGCAUUAGAACUUGGGUAUUCAAAGUCUAAAGUGUACAUUGGGAGCUAUGAUGACUGGUCAACCCAUUAAUUAAUACAAAUAUAUACAUUAUAGGAUUUAGCAGUUAUGGCGUUAAGAUUUAAUUUAUUUACAAAAAAUAUAUUUAUGCAUUUAAUUUGAUUUAAUAUUAUAUGGUAAAUUAAAUAUAGUAUAAUUCAUUUACAACAUUAUUUACGAUAGAUACAGUUCAAGUAUGUACUUUACAAGCAGGUCUAACAGAAUUUUCUAAUUAUAUUCAAUAACCAAAGUCAAUAUUACCAAUUUUGUUACCAAGUUCCAAACUAUAUAACAUUUAUUGUCAAAUUUCACUGUGUUUUACUUGCCCAAUCUGUAUAACUUCCAACAUAAUUCUUAGCACUGUAAGACAAAAUUAAAUGUUAAAUGAUAAUUCCUUAUCAAUUAAUACCAAUGCCAUAGA